AUGGCCCUGUUGCCACCGCUCUCCUGCCUGUUCACCCGGACUCGGCAGAUGGGUCUGAGGGCGCCACGCUCCCACGGGCACCCCAAGAUCACCUUCGACCCUCGGCGGCUGUCCAGCGGACAUUUCCAGGUCCGAUCUUGCUUGCGAUCCAGUGCAGGCCCUCCUCUGCGGCCUCGGUGUCCGACCCCAGGGAGAGACUCCCAGACCUGCUGGGGCGUGCAGCUCUCCGCGCAGAAGGAUCUGGAUUCUCAGCCGGAAAACUGCAGUAUCUCCUACGACCAGCUAAAGCCAAAUGCGUGCCCGCCCGCUGACCAGAGGCCCCGCUCCAGCCGUGAUAUGGGACGGGCUUUGCCUUCCCAGCGAGGUGAUCGCGAGGAGCAGCAGGCUCGUGGGUACCCACGUUCCUCUGGAGACUUCGCAGCAGCCGCUCCCUUCCAGUUCAAGGCCUUUAUUGCCGAGAAGGGACCUGGUUUCUCCAUGACCCCUUCUGAGACCCUGGGCCUCUGCAGCCAGAGAGGCUGGAGUCCGUCCUGUGGUGCCAGCCGGCUGGUCAGCCAGACCCGAGUCCCUGCUCAGAAAGCAGGGGUGCUGAGUGAUGUGGUGACCGCCCGGCCUGGGGCCAACGUGACCCUGACCUGCCCGGGCGAGGAGCCUAGAGACAGUGCCACGAUUCACUGGCUGCUGAGGAAUCGGGUCCCAGGCUCACAGCAGGAACGGGGUGCUGGCGUGGGAGGGAGGCUUCUUCUGAGGUCGGUGCAGCUCAGCGACUCUGGAAACUACUCCUGUUACCGUGACGAUGGCAGCCUGGCUGGAACUGUGCCUUUGCUGGUGGAAGCCCCUCCCGAGGAGCCCCAGAUCACCUGCUUCCGGAAGAGCCCCCUCAGCAAGGUGGCCUGUGAGUGGGGUCCUCGGAGCCCCCCCUCCGGGACGACCAGGGCCACGCUUCUGGUGAGGAAGUUCGGGACCAGCCCCAUGGGAGACUCGGAGGAGCCGUGCCAGUACUUUCCGGGGCCGCAGACCUUCUCCUGCCAGCUGGCAGUCCCUGAGGGGGACAACUCCUUGUAUGUGGUGUCCCUGUGCGUCAGCAACGCUGCUGGGAGCAAGUCCAGCCGUCCCCAAACGUUUGAGGGCUACGGAAUCUUGCAGCCUGACCCACCUGUCAAUGUCACCGUCACUGCUGUGCCCGGAAACCCCCGCUGGCUCAGGGUCACCUGGCGGGACCCCCCGUCCUGGAACUCCUACUUCUACAGGCUGCAGUUUGAGCUCCGAUACCGGGCCGAGCGCUCGAAGACGUUCACAACGUGGAUGGUCAAGGAGCUCCAGCAUCACUGCAUCAUCCACGACGCCUGGAGAGGCGCGAGGCACAGGGUGCAGGUCCGGGCCCGGGAGGAGUUUGGGCACGGCUCCUGGAGCGCGUGGAGCCCGGAGGCCGCGGGCGCCCCGUGGACAGAACCCAGGAGCCCCCCAGCCAAGACAGAGGCGCCCCCCUCCACGCAGGCACCGACUACUAAUGGAGACGAUGAAAAUAAUCUCUUGAGAGAUUCCGCAAAUGCAACCAGCCUCCCAGAGCAGGAAAGCUCACCAGCCCAGCGGCCGGCGUUUCUCACUCGGGUCCGUCCCCGGGGCACUAACGGCCGUGUGCUUUGUCUUUGUCUGUCUCCGUGAAGGUUCAGGAAGACGUGGAAGCUGCAGGCCCUGAAGGAAGGCAAGGCCAGCACACAGCCGCCGUAUGCUCUGGGGCAGCUGGUCCCCGACAGGCCCCAGCCCAGGCCGGGGCUCGUCCCCCUCCUCUCUCCUCCCGUGAACCCCGGCAGCCUCGGGUCUGACAACACUUCCUUGAAUUCGGUUCAGCUCAGCUGGGACGGGAGCAGCGCGGAGCGUGUGGCCGUGGCCGUGCGUGUGACCGUGGCCGUGCGUGUGGCCGUGGCCGUGCGUGUGGCCGUGGCCUGCUCUUUUCUGCGAGACCCGGGCGAGCGGUGGGCGAGUCUCGGAGAGAAGGCCAAAGACACGCAGCUGUCGGAGGAGCCGCUUAGGAAGCCCUUCCCUGCUCGUGAGGCGCAAGGACGCCCGGCCUUUCUCGGGGUCCGUGAGCAGAACCGGCCACAGGAGGAGGCGGGUGCUGUGGGGGCUUCAAAUUUCGGGACGUGGCGUCCUUCAGCCCGUUUCCGGGGACAGGUCCGAGGGUCUGAGGAGCUCCCGCCCCAGUCCCAGACCGCUGACUCACGAUAG